AAUGGGGUCAGAGAAGGCAGGAGGUGAAGUUUUACCUGCGACGCGAGAAUGAGCGCAGCAGCAAGAGAAGACAGACCUCAGAGCAGCUGAGCAGAAAGAUGAAGGGGAGGACAGACACAUUCUGUGUGAACAGGAUGGGGACUCCCCAUGUGGAGCUGACUCUGUCUGAGCUUCAGGAGAUGGCUGUACGUCAGCAGCAGCAGAUCGAGGCUCAGCAACAGAUGCUCAUGGCAAAGGAGCAGCGUUUGCAUUAUCUGAAGCAGCAGGAUUCUCAUCAGGGCCCGGCUACGCCCGAAACAGAGAAACUGCACAGGCUCAGGGAGAGAGUGGAGAAUCAGGAGGCCAAGCUGAAGAAAAUCCGUGCCAUGAGGGGGCAAGUGGACUACAGCAAGCUGAUCAAUGGAAACCUGUCUGCAGAGAUUGAACAUGUGAGCAGUCUGUUCCAGGAGAAGCAGGUGGAGCUGCAGCAGGCUGUAAUGAAGGUGGAGCAACUCACACAGCAACUAGAGGAACUGAGAAACAAACGCAUUACAGAAUCACAGCCUGCAGGGGGCAGCGCCCUGGAGCUACAUAAACUGUAUCAGGAGCUGCAGAUGAGGAACAAGCUGAAUCAGGAGCAGAGUAGUAAACUCCAGCAGCACAAGGACAUGCUGAACAAACGCAACCUGGAGGUGAGCAUGAUGGACCGGCGUAUUGAGGAGCUGAGAGAGCGCCUCUACAGGAAGAAAGCUGAGUUAGGGCAGAUGAGCGCUCCCUCAUCCCCUCAGUCUGUUCCCAUCACCUCUGGUCGUGUCGCAGCUGUGUUUCCCUACAUCCAAGUUCCUACGGUGACCGGGAGGCAGGACGGAGGCUACCCUUUGACCCCUGACCUGCUUAAACCAAACCCACUUCCUGCCCAAAUCAAUCACAUUCGAUCCAGAUCAGACGAUAGAGUGAGGAAGCCAGCAGGACCGUGGAAGGUCUCAGACCUAGACCUCAUAGUGAACCAUGAGGUGACCCUUGACCCCAGAGAGCAUCCCACCCCAAACGAUGCAAAUUGGAACAUGGCCUCGCUCAAAGCCCCGGACUGGAAGGACGCGAGCCAGAACCCGGGCAAGAUGGCUGCCGGUGAAAAGGGAUCGCCUAAAGUACUGGGCACUAUAACAACCUUGUCCAAACAUCCGCCCCCGACCUAUGGCACAUACCCCAGUGUAGGGCAUCACUCCACCAUCUGUGCCACUAACUCUCUGCCUCGCUCAGCACCAGGCACUCUAUCCUGGCACAGAUCCUCUGGUUCCUCAUCGCAGCAGAUCCAGCAGAGGAUCACUGUCCCUCCGAGUCCUACACCCUCAGCCGGCUCUCCCGUCUUACCCCCACAUGAGAGAAGUAAUGACGCCCCUCUGGCUGCAGCAGUUCGACCAUUUUAUACAGACCGGGGUUCACGACCUCAGUCUCCUCGGAAAGGUCCUGCUACAAUGAACUCCAGCUCCAUCUAUCAUGUGUACCUGCAGCAGCCAACGGCCAAAAACUACCAAAGCAGCAGCACCAGAGCUGCAGUCAAAGCAGUCUAUGGAAAGCCGUUGCUGCCAAGUUCAGUCUCCUCGUCCCCUGUUCCCUUCCAGCAUCAGUCCUCCAGAGACAAUUUGGAGCGUGAGUCUGAACCUGAGAUCACCCACAAUCCUCAGCCAAAUGUGGAGAACAUCCCUCGGCCCCUGAGCCCCACUAAACUCACACCGGCUCACUCGCCCCUGCGCUACCAGAGCGACAUCGACCUGGAAGUGCUGAGGAGGAAGCUUGCCAAUGCUCCUCGUCCUCUUAAAAAGCGAAGCUCCAUCACUGAACCUGAGGGUCCGAAUGGUCCCAACAUCCAGAAACUUCUCUACCAGCGCUUCAACACACUCGCUGGUGGCAUGGAAACAGUUACACCAUUCUUCCAACCAGACACCGCCCUUAAUUUACCAGGUGAUGUUGAUUCUGUUAAUGGAAAUGUAAUGGAAGCAACUAAAAAAGCCACCGUGGCGAUGCCUAUUUCAGAGCCCGCACCAUCACUGACAUCCGACGCUAAUGAGAAUCAAUCUGUACAAACAGCUAAUCAUACAGAAACUCCGGAAAUUACAGAUACCAUGGAUCCUAAGGAAGGUCCUGAAGACAGUCAUAACAAUAAUCAGUCAUCAUUAGACAAAGACGUAAAGUCCACACCAGCAGAGAAGGAAGACACAGAGAAGAACAUGGUGAAGAGGACGAACCUGAAAAAGCCUGGCUCUGAGAGGACAGGUCAUGGUCUCCGAGUGAAGUUUAAUCCACUGGCGCUGCUUCUGGACGCAUCUUUGGAGGGCGAGUUUGACCUGGUGCAAAGGAUCAUAUAUGAGGUGGAGAAUCCCAGCACUCCGAAUGAUGAAGGCAUCACACCACUGCACAAUGCUGUGUGUGCUGGUCAUUAUCACAUCGUGAAAUUCCUGCUGGAUUUUGGAGUGAACAUCAAUGCAGCAGACAGCGACGGAUGGACACCUCUGCACUGCGCCGCCUCGUGUAACAGCGUACAUUUGUGUAAGCUCCUAGUGGAGUCAGGGGCAGCCAUCUUCGCUACCACUAUCAGCGAUGUGGAGACGGCAGCGGAUAAGUGCGAGGAGAUGGAGAACGGCUAUGUGCAGUGCUCACAGUUUCUCUAUGGUGUGCAGGAGAAGUUGGGGGUGAUGAAUAAGGGGGCAGUUUACGCUCUGUGGGAUUAUGAAGCUCAGAGUCCAGACGAGCUCUCGUUCCGGGACGGAGAUGCUUUCACAGUGCUGAAACGAAGAGAUGAGAGUGAGACUGAGUGGUGGUGGGCCAGACAUAAUGACAAGGAGGGCUACGUUCCCCGAAACCUGCUGGGGUUAUAUCCGAGGAUUAAACCCCGGCAGCGGUCGCUGGCAUAAUGCCCCCUGAUGAACAGGAGCCCAUCUGGAUAUUUUGCCCCAUUUCCAUCUUUUAGUGCCACCAACAUAAGAAGAGGGCGUGGCAGCUACAAACUGAAACUAAAGCUUGGAUUUAUUUAUCUGCCAGAAGAGAUUUGGUUAUCAGGUCUUUGUUUUCAGCCUGCAAAACAGCUCUUAUUUAGGUCCUUUUUUUUUUUUUUAAACCUUCACCUAGAUGUCUGUUGGAUGAAAACACACCAGUUUACUCAUUUCCUUUUGUACUGGCGUGAGUUUGUGGGUUUUGAAAGUGAUGACAGCUGAGGAAGACAGUUUUGUGUAUUUUUGUUGGACAAAGGCAAGACUCAAGGACAGAUCAUUGUCUACUAAGCAGCUGAUUCGACAAAAGGAAGGAAGGAGCUAGGAAGUGCAGAGAGAGAGCGCGAGAGAGAAAUAAGAGUGCAGAGGAAAUGCUGAAGAGUUUGUGUGUGUGGUUGUGGGGUAUAAGACAUAGGAAAUAGUAUGUUAAAUAAGCGUUGGUGGCAGUUAAGUUGUGAAAAAUGGUAAAAGUCUGCAUUUUACAUCCAAGAGAAAAAAAAAGCUGUACACACAUGCAUUUAUACAUUAAAGCCAAAUGUACAUAAACAGCUGAGACAUGUUUGGUGUGUAAAAGUGUGCUUGUUUAAAUUUGUAGUGAUGCCACAAGGCUAAUGUGGGUAGAGCCUCCAGUUUAGCGUAUGAUCACAUGCUUGCCACAAAAGUCAUUGUUCAGUUUCAUAAAAUACAAGAGCGAGUCCUUUUAUAUAUGUAGAUUGUUUGAAGCUAAACUGGUGGUCUUGUGACUCAAGUGAAAAACUAAUGAAGCAAACCCCAGACACCAACUGUGUCUCAGCUGAUUGUCUCCAUUUGGUGUUAAUAAAAUUAAUUUAGCCUGAAUUGUUUUGUGUGUUGUAUUGACAUCCUCCUUGUUUUUAAAAGCUCUUUAUAACCCAGACAAGAUGAAAUGCUUUCAGGGUUCUGGUGUAUAGGUGAUUGUACUUGGGAGAUGAUGAUGAUGAUAAUAAUAAUAAUAAUAACUGAUGAUAAUAAAAAUAAUGCAGUGUAACAGGCCUAAUUCUGAAUCUGUGACCUCAUUCAUGCCAUGUAAAUGUGCACAA